AUGGCUCCCAUCGCCAAGACCGUCUGCAUGGCCCUUGCGGCUCUUGCCCUUGCCUCUGUCAGCGUUCAGCCUGCUGACGCUCAUCAACUCAACUCGCGACACGCCGCUGCUGGCAGCGACGUGUUCCUCAACAUUCACUCCCAUCACCGUCGCAUGCAACGCAAGGUGCGACGUACCGGUGAUUCGUCCGUCUCGGCCGCUAGUGCCGCCGCUCCCUCGUCGGCCGACGCUUCUUCCGCUUCCGCCUCUGAUGCUGGUUCCGCCUCCAAUGAUAGCUCGAGCUCCGGCGCCACCUCUCAGUCCCAGUCCGACUCCCAGACCGGUGCUCAGUCUGCCGAUCAGUCGUCGGCUCAACCCAGCACCCAGUCCAACGACCAGUCCAGCUCUGCCUCCGACUCAGCUGCAGGCUCCAAGGACGCAUCGCAGUCUGCCACCAGCGCUGGCACCAACUCGGGUGCUCAGUCGGGUUCGGCCUCGGGCUCGCAGUCUGGCACCGACUCCAGCACCGACUCCAAGUCUGACUCCGGCGCCAGCUCCAGCUCGCAGAGCGACAACAAGGACAACGACGCGGGUUCGAGCUCGGGUUCUUCCUCGUCCAGUUCCUCUUCGUCUGCUCCGUCGUCUGCCUCGUCGUCUGCUUCUGCUUCGAGCUCAAGAUCCAGCUCUGACGCCUCGAGCCCUACUUCGACUUCUUCCUCGUCGGCCUCGCACCAACACCAGGAUGCAACGACCUCCUCGUCGUCGUCGUCGUCGUCGGGCACUCACUCUGGCCAUGCUUCGGCUACCUCUUCCACUUCCAGUGAUACCGCAACCAGCACGCGUAGCUCGAGCUCGAGCUCAGCCUCGGCUACCUCGUCCUCCUCCUCCUCUGGAGCCGCUGACACCAAGACGGACGACGCUACUGCCACCAGCACCAGUUCCAGCUCCAGCUCCAGCUCGGCAGCUUCUAGCACCUCGUCUGCCUCCAGCACGGACAGCGCCAGCGCUAGCUCCACUAGCUCGGCCGCCAGUGCUCAAGCGACCGAUAACAACAACAGCUCCGACGACGCGGGUGUCAGCGCCGGUGCCGCCUCUUCGUCCAACGACAACAAGGAUGACUGCGAAGACGACAACACCGCCGGUGCUUCUUCUUCUGGCUCAAACACCGGCUCCGCUUCUGGUUCCGUCUCUGGCGCCGUCUCGGCUUCCAACUCGAACUCGGGCUCCGACUCCAACGCCGGUUCCGACUCUGGCUCUUACUCGGUCGCCAGCACGGGCUCGUCUUCGGGCGCCACCUCGGGGCACAAGUCUGGCCAUCGCCACCACCACCACAAGUCUGCUUCCAAGUCGGGUUCCGGCUCCUCCAACGCUGUGAAGGGCGGAUCAUCGUCGUCCGGCAAGAAGGGCUCUUCGUCCUCCGGUAGUUCGUCCAGCAACAACAACAAUGACGACGAUGACGACUGUGACGAUGAGGACGACGACGACAACGAGGACGACGACGACUGCGAUGACGACGGAUCCGAGGCCGAAGCCGACAGCACGCAGGACGAUGACUGCGAAGACGAUGAUGGCAGCGACGCCUCAUCCGGCUCUUCUUCUACUCCCACGAAAUCGUCGACCCCGGCUAAGUCGACGCAGCAGCAGGCCGCUUCCCCUACCGUCAACCCCACUUCGUCCAGCUCAGCAACUCCCUCGCCCACCUCCACGUCCACGUCCAAGGAUGACGACCAGAGCAGUUCCUCGUCGUCGUCUGCCUCGUCUUCCGACUCUUCCUCCACCGCCUCCUCGACCGCGAGCUCUGCUGCGCCCGCUGCAACUACCUCCUCCGCUCCGUCGUCCGGCGGAAGUGUCACGGGAGGAUACGCGACGUACUACUAUCAGAACGGCAAUGCCGGUGCAUGCGGACAGAAGAACCCUGACUCGGCUCUGAUCGGUGCUCUGCAGACGCAGCAGUACGCCAACGGUGCCAACUGUGGCAAGAAGAUCAAGAUCUCUCGUGCUGAUGACCCGAGCCGAAGCGUGGUGAUCACCGUCGCCGACGAGUGCCCCUCGUGCGUCAACAAGCAGUCGAUUGAUCUCUCCCACGGCGCCUUCACCCAGAUUGCUACCGAGGCUGAGGGCAUGAUCCCCAUCACCUGGAGCUGGGUCUAA